CUCAUUCGCUCACUCGUCCGCCCGCCCGCCUGUCCGUCCGUCCGUCCGUCCGUCCGUCCGUCCAUCCGUCGGCUGGCGCGCGCGCGCGCGCGUUAACGGAAUUCGCGAUCGAGCACGCAGAGACCAUUGACUAAUGUUUAAAUGGACGCAUCGUCCAUCAUCGCCCAAGUGUCGCGGGAUGACGAGCUAGGCGCGUUCAACAACGAGAAAGCCCAACUACCUGGGGAGAAUGAAGCAGCCAGCAAUAGUCCAUCUAGUGGCAAGAAGCCGAGAGGGCGUGGGCUCUUACGCUCUCUGCUCUGCUGCCUCGGAAGAGGUCGUGGUAGCAGUUCAAAGAGCUCCAAGGCGAGCUCUCUGCAGGGAGAUGGCCGUGGCUCGCCGCCACCGGGUACCGGAUCACCAAGGUUCCUCCUGCCACCGGUCAGGCACCAAGACAUGCACAAAAAGUGCAUGGUAAUCGACUUGGACGAGACUUUGGUGCAUAGUUCUUUCAAACCAAUCAACAAUGCGGACUUUGUCGUUCCUGUAGAGAUUGAUGGAACGGUACAUCAAGUGUACGUCUUAAAGAGGCCUUAUGUGGACGAGUUUUUGCAGAGAAUGGGUGAAAUGUUCGAGUGUGUAUUGUUCACUGCAAGCUUGGCUAAGUAUGCCGACCCAGUGGCGGAUUUAUUAGAUCGAUGGGGCGUAUUCAGAGCAAGAUUAUUUAGAGAAUCCUGUGUGUUCCACAGAGGAAAUUAUGUUAAGGAUUUGAACAAACUAGGUCGGGAAUUGCAUCAGAUCGUUAUUGUAGAUAAUAGUCCUGCCAGCUACAUUUUCCAUCCAGAUAAUGCGGUUCCAGUAGCAUCUUGGUUUGAUGACAUGACGGAUUCCGAGCUGCUGGAUCUGAUCCCCUUCUUCGAGAGGGUCAGCAAUGUAGAGAACGUUUACACGGUACUAUGCAAUAGCAAUCAUCCGUACAACCACGUGCCCGGACACACGGUGCAGAACAAUCAGAAUCCACCGGGAUCAGGUGCAUUGGCUGCUUCCUAGCCCCGUCUAAAUCCUGGCAAUGCAGCCAGUCUUGUCGCUCAAUGCACUUUCCGGAGGAUCCUGAGGGGACUGCUCCACGUGACCCACUCGAAGCACCAUCCCUCGUUGACCUUUGGAAGAACCGCUGCAAUCAGUGCGGUUGAAUGUCAUACCUUAAAGGCACGUCAUCCAAAUCGACACAGUCACAAUUACUGGUAUCCUUCUUCCUGGCGAGCAACACGACGAAGACUGAGUCAGCUUCGAAGCGCGAGUGUUCUUCCAUUUUGCACUAAGCAUCAGGGACGACGAAUUGUGUGUAUCGGAUGUCCGCGCGGACAGGCUGAAAUCUGCGUCUGCUCGGGGAAAAUAAUUUAGAAGAAUGGAAUCAAGAAUCUCCAUCGAGCAGAAACUGCGCGUACGGGAAAGUUGAUCCAUCGUGAGAGAAAAAAAAAGCACUGUAGUGAUGAAUGAUGACGGCUUUUGAAAAAAAAUAUAUAGGGAUGUAUGAGAAAAAGGGAGAGAAAGUGCGAAAAGAAGAGAGGAAGAGAGAUCGCUCAGAGUCGUUUGAUGGGCCAUGCUGUUGCCGUUCAGUUUUCCUAUUCGAACCGAAACCUUGCAAGCUCCGUUCGACAUUCGAUUUGACAAUGAAGAUAUCGACGUUUCGGCUACACUUUCGAAUCCUUUUGGUACAACACUUACAGAAAGCGUCGAAAAAAGAGAGUAACAGUAGCAGGUAGAAUUUGGAAUACACACACACACACACACACACAUAUUUACUCGCUCAUGAAAAAUUCGAAAUAAAAAACAUUCUAUUAUUUUUUUAUAUAUUUAAAUGUUAAGAUAUUUUAAAGCUUAAUAUCGAAAAGAUAAAUUUUAAGAUGCAUGAAUACAAAAAUGAAAAGUAUUUUAAAGAUUGUGGAUCUUGUAAUGUUGUUAAAAUCCUAAAUGGCUCGACAAUUCACGGAAUUAAGUAUUCAAGGAAUGGAAUUUUUUAAUUUUGAAUAUUAAGAAUAUAAACAUUUAGAGGAAUCUAUUUUUACAAAAUAAAGAUCCGAAUAUAUUUUUAGACUUACACUAUGGUUUUAUUUCGUUCCAAAAAUCUUGAAAAGCUAAACAUACAUGAUCUAAAACAGAUAUACAAAAAAAGUUCUUUAAAAGUAUCAUUUUAAUAAUAUAACCCAUAAGAUUUCGAAGAAUUCAAAACUUUUUAAAGUAAUGUUAACAGUGGUAAAAGAUAUCCUGCUAUACACUGCCGAAAAGUAGGAACGGAAGUUUCCUGCGUAUUUUAUCAACUUUUACCCAGCAUUUUAUAAAUUAUUUAAGAAUUACGUAAACGUGUAAGAAAAAUUAUAUCUAAGCACGAUGUUACGUUGCAAUUAUCAUUGAGAAUAUGCAGACACACGUAUGAAGUUAUAAAUCUUUUUAAAUUGCUAUACAUUAUUGACGUUUAUUAUAUUAUUUAAAUUUCUUUAUACGCCAUGUAAAAAACAUAGCUUUCAAGAUAAUUAAGUGCGAGGUUUCAUGAUUGAUACUGCAUUUCAAUAGUACAUCAAAUAUUUCCUGCUACUGAUAUGCACCUUUUUUUGGGACGCUCUAUAUGGAGCAUUUAAAACACGAUGACAUUGAAAUUUUGCGGGAUAUGUAUUAUUUUUGUUAUCAACUCUCCAAUACUGUAAUAAUUUCCAUUUUUAUUUCACUUAUCAAUCUCAUUGUUAGAUGAACAACUGUACCUCUUUUUUAAAUAUUUAUUGAAAUAAAAUAUUUUAAUCAGAUUCAGAUCUGAAUAUAUCAAUUUUUUGUUUUUAUCCAGCAGCAAAAUAUGUUUUUGGUGUUUGCCAAAAAAUUUCAGUAAAUGUAAAAUAAUCGUAAAAAUAUGGAAGUUGAAAAACCGUUAAUUAAAUUUAUUGAAGAAUAUUAGUUAAUUAAUGUGCAGAAAACUUAAUGAUGAUAUUUAAAUGAUGUAUCAAGUGUUUUGCUCGAGAGGAAAAAAGGAAACAAAUCAUAAUUAAUUAUCGAAAGUGAUCAUAUUGUUGCUAAACUGAAAGCUGGGCCAAUGCAUAUCAUUCUUUCCCUCCAAGCUAAUGAGGUUACGUCAUAUUUGACCAUUCAUUCUUUUGGAGCAAAAAAAUGGUAAUUCAAUAAUUCCAAAUUAAAUAACAUUUUUUAAAAACCGGUUUCCGCAUUUUCUAAUUUUCAAAACUGAUGGAAUUUUUAAAUAAAUCUAAUACUUUAAUAACAAAUUAAUUCACCUUUUUAUAAUUAAUAUAAUAUAUUUUUCAUAAUAUAUAAUUGAUAUUUUUGAUAUCUUACUAGGCCACUGUCAUCAAUUUAGGUUGAUGAAAUUGGAUGGAUACAUAAUUUAUUUAUUUCUUGGUAAUAUUUGUGUCAUUGGUCAAUUUAUCAUUAUUGAUAACAUUCUUGUAUAUUAAGAAAAAGUAAAAGGAUUUAGAAAUUAAAAAAUUUAUGCUACAAAAUAAGGUGCCUAAUUUCUAUAAUUAGGUAUUUUUUUGUUUCUAAAUUCUAAUUCCUUUUAAUUGGCUUAUUUUAAAAAGUGAAAUAUAUCAUGUAUGAGAGAAAAGAAAUUUGGAUAGACUAUUUGACAAUGAUGCGUAUUUAAUAAACAACAUUUUCUUGCUCCAGUGAAAUGAAUUGCACGAUGAUGUCAUUAACAAAUUAGAAUAAUUUAGAUAUAGCUCUUGAGGAGCAAUAGAUAAGCGAUGGUAUAUCCCUACAUAUGUGCAUAUAUUUACUAAUGCGUAAUUUGUAAACGAUAACAGUUGCUUGACCGAGCAUAACGAAUGUACAAAGUGCAUUGUGCAUACCAUAAUCAGUUCAAAUUGUUAUUAUUCGUGCUUUUACUUCUGUUAUAAUAUGAUGAUUAUUAUUAUUAUAACUAUUAUUAUAUAAUUAAAUAUCGAUUUUAAUGUCAUCACUUUAAUGCAAAAAAAGUAGGCUUUUUAUUCUGAGGGCAUUGUUGCUACGAAUUUACAUUUGGAUUAUUUGAUAGAAAUUGGUCUUGUAGAUAGAAGUCAUGUUUUUUUAUUUGCAUCAAAGUGAUUACGUUAUCAUCGAUACAUGAUCACUGAGUUAUAGAUAUUGAUUAUCAAUAUCAGCUUGAAACAAGCUCGGCUGCGUCUGCUGUUUUAUUUCUUCUGCCUACUCUAAUUACAGGAUGGGUCGAAAAUUGUGAUACAACCGUUAGAGCAAUUCUUCAUCGACGUACGUCAUUUGUAAAUGAAAAGAUCAAAUUUAUUGUAAAUUUGUAAAAUAUAAAUCCAUCUAAACAAUUAGUUUUCAUGCAAUUCAAGAUCCUGAGUUGCAAGAACCUGAUAUUGGACUUAUUAGGACAAAGAAUUAAUGAAACGUAAAUCUGGAAGUGUAAUAUUUUAAGUAUCAAUAUUUUUACAUGUCGCACAGAAUAGUUUUAAUGCAAUCGAGAAUAAUUAUACAUCAUUGUCUGCCGCUAUAUUGAAACGAGAAUUUUUGGACUAUCCUGUAUUUUGUAAUGUUUUAUUAGCUUUUAUCGAUAUAACGAUAGCUUGCGGAGAGAUCCGAUCGUUCGGAUUAUCAGUUUUACUUAAAAUAGGAAGAGAUUUAAUGAAGAGAUUUUUGAUGUGGCUUCCAAUUCUUCCAUCCUUCUGUACUUAGCGAGUGUAUCAAUAUUUCUUAUACUGAUGUUUCUUAUUGUGCGCGAAGCAUUAUUGUAUGUCACAACAUUCUCCUUAUGUAAUGCCCAUCGAAACGACUCCGUAUAACUAUUGUGCAUCUACUCUGGAACAAAUCUGUUCACAAUCCAAGGAUCCGAAAAUCCAUAGUUCUAACAAGUAUAUUCGAAAACGGAAUUCGAAAAGUUAUGAUGUUCAUACAGGAUUCAUUCAUUUUGAAGAGGACAUUUGUUAUGUUAGGAUCGCAAUUAAACUAAUAAAACUAAAAAUUCGAGAUUACAUUCGAGAUUCUUUUGAAUACAAAAAUCCACGAACCCGUUCGUAUCUGUGCAAUCAUCUAGCAACGUGUGAUAAUUAAGAAAUUUAUUAUAAGUAUAGUGAUCUAUGAUUUAGGGUUCAUGGAUAUAUAAAUAACAAGAAAUUCGAGGAAAAAAAGGAGAAAAAAGGCAGAAAAAAUUAAUUAUAGGAAAUGAAAUAUAAUCAGAGAUAUGAAAAUCUAAAACAAUCAAAUACGAUCAAAAUUUUCUGAUGAAAUACACAAAGAAGAAUCUAGGGAUUUAAGGAUCCAAGGAUGCAUUUUAGCUAUAUUAUAGCAUUAUUAUUACGUUAUUGCGUACGAAACAAAAUUCAUUUUUAUUUAUACUGAUAUAAUCUCAAAAAGUUUAAACGAAAUUAAUAUGUAAGUAGAAAGAGAACUAUGUGAAAUGGCUUGGAUGGGACUCUCAAAACAUACAAUUUAACUGCUCGUUUUAUUUAUUUACUAACAAACAGUAUAUGCUAAAAGCUUUUGGUACUUGUAAAUUUCAUAAUUUAGUUACAUUAUAUCAAUAAAUUGAAUUUAAAUUAUCAAUUCGACUUCGUAAACUCACAAGUAUCUGAAAUAAUUUAUGCUUGUAAAUUAUUUCCCUAAGUUGCUUUCUAGACUACUUUAAACAAUCCUUUUCUUUAAGUUUUUUAAAAGUUUUGGAAUUUAAUGCGAACAUUGAAGAUGUUCUGAGAAUACAAAAAUAAGUCAUAAACAAAAAUACAUGUUAAGUUUAUAAAAGCCAGAAUAUUUAAAGACCUAGGAUUUUAACAAUAUUAGAAAUUGGAAAUUAAUAUUUGGGUAUAAAAUGUGCUUCUAAUAUUUUAUGUGCAGAAAACUGCAAGUUUAAUACAAGUCCUUUAAAUAAAUCCAAAAGUCAUGGAACAUAAAAAAUUUGACAAAUCUCUGAAAAAGAGAGAAGAAGAGAGCGUCUAAUCUCUCUGGUGAUCAAAUACUGUAGAUUAAAAAAAUGUAACAUUUCAUACGCAAACACGUAAUAUGCCAACAUAGUUGAUGAAGAAACGGGAGUGAGAAAGCGUUGCCAAUAAUAUUCUCCCUUUCGAAAUCGCAAUCAAGAUUUCGAGCCGCCUUGCUGCGCAUAAUAAAGCGACAAACGUGUAAAAAUAUAUAUAUACAUAUAUACAUACAUACAUAUUAUAUAUAUAUAUAUGUAUGUAUGUAUGUAUGUAUGUAUAUAAAUAUAAAUAUAAAUAUAAAUAUAAAAACAUACAUUCAAGAAACGACAGAAGGCAGAGAAUUCGCGCGUGCAUGGUGUGUGUAUCUAGUGCGUAUGUGUAUAUGUGCGUGUGUGUGUAUGUACAGAGAAAAGAAAAAAUAGUGUUCGAGGCUUUCGCCGAGCGACGGCCGCUACGUACGCUAUUCCAGAUGAGACUUUUUUAUAUGUAGAGCUGAAAAAUUUCUUAACAAAAGAAAAAUGAAAUAAAAAAGCGAUAAAA